CUCUGAGAGCGCUACAAUGUAACAAAAGCAGCGGGAUGAAACAGUGAAAUAACGCGCGAGUGUAAGAAGCACUGCCUUCACGCGGGACCUGAUUAAGGACAGCACACAAACACACUCACACUCACCGGUGAGUUUAGUGGUUAAAGGGCUGAUAGUGGCUCGAGCUGUGAGUGAGUGAGCUCAAGAGGAUUGUGCUUACAAAUUGGAGAGAGACUGCCAGAGGAAUCUCCGCCGCAGCUGGACAGGAGCGAGACCUGAGGACCGGAGCGGGCCGACAUGGACGAGCAGCCGCGCCUGAUGCACGCUCAUACGGCCGUCGGGAUGAGCGUACACCCGGGCCUGUCCCAGCACAUACCGGACAACACCGGAGCCACUGACGGAGACGGAAGGAAGCAGGACAUUGGAGACAUUUUACACCAGAUCAUGACCAUCACUGACCAGAGUCUGGACGAGGCGCAGGCCAGAAAACAUGCUCUCAACUGCCACAGAAUGAAGCCAGCGCUCUUCAACGUCCUGUGUGAAGUCAAAGAAAAAACAGUGUUGAGUAUCCGUGGCGCUCAGGAGGAGGAGUCUCCCGAUGCCCAGCUGAUGCGAUUGGACAACAUGCUGCUGGCGGAGGGCGUGUCCGGGCCAGAGAAAGGGGGCGGGUCUGCGGCAGCUGCGGCGGCGGCGGCGGCAUCGGCUGGAGUCGGAGCCGAUAACUCAGCCGAACACUCAGAUUACAGAGCCAAACUCACCCAGAUCCGCCAGAUCUACCACACCGAGCUGGAGAAGUACGAACAGGCGUGUAACGAGUUCACGACCCAUGUGAUGAACCUGCUGAGAGAGCAGUCUCGCACACGGCCCAUCUCACCCAAAGAGAUCGAGCGCAUGGUCAACAUCAUCCACCGCAAGUUCAGCUCCAUCCAGAUGCAGCUCAAGCAGAGCACCUGCGAGGCCGUCAUGAUCCUGCGCUCCCGCUUCCUCGAUGCCAGGAGGAAAAGACGAAACUUCAACAAACAGGCCACAGAGAUCCUGAACGAAUAUUUCUACUCUCAUCUCAGUAACCCGUAUCCCAGCGAGGAGGCCAAAGAAGAGCUGGCCAAGAAGUGUUCGAUCACCGUCUCGCAGGUUUCCAACUGGUUCGGAAACAAACGGAUCCGAUAUAAGAAGAACAUCGGAAAAUUCCAGGAAGAAGCCAACAUAUACGCGGCCAGAACGGCUGUGAACGCAGCGAGUGUGUCGGCACAUGGCAGCCAGGCCAACUCCCCAUCCACUCCAAACUCAGCAGGUUCUGCUGGCUCUUUUAACAUGUCAAACUCUGGCGAUUUGUUUAUGAGUGUUCAGUCUCUGAAUGGGGACUCGUACCAGGGCUCUCAGGUGGGAGCCAAUGUGCAGUCACAGGUGGAUACCCUUCGCCAUGUUAUCAGCCAGACAGGAGGAUACAGUGACGGCCUCGCAGCAAACCAGAUGUACAGUCCGCAGGGCAUCAAUGCGAACGGUGGCUGGCAGGACCCCAUCACCCCGUCCUCCGUCACCUCCCCCACAGAAGGACCUGGAAGCGUUCACUCCGACACCUCCAACUGAUCCUCACACACACCGGACUGUCUCCAUCACCGCCUCACACACUCCUCUCUCCAGUGUGUACACAAGAGCGCGUCAUCAAACGUCUUCAUGCUACCUCUCAAAACAUCCGUCAGCAAACACAUCCAGACCUUUAGACCAGUCACACACAUCUAUACUGUAUGUCAACCCUGCCUUCAUCCUCACAACAAACACCAUCUUAUGUUUGAAACAUUUUUGCAGUUUUACCAUAGUGCCAAAGUACUUUUAUACAUCACUGUAGGAACUCAUUUGACAUUAUAAUAGACUUAUUAUGCUUGAAAGAGCAGUUUGCACUGCGUCUGAGCUGAACUAGAGUUCUGCUUGUCUAAUAUCUUUUACUUUGAAUCUCAAGACAUUUGGUUUAUGUACAUAAAAAUCAUAAUUCCCUGCUUCAAUGAGAAAUAAAGGCAAUGCAGUUUAGAUUUAGAUAUCAAAUAGUUCAUUUCUAAAGGUUAUUAGCAAAACGGCAUCAAAUAAGAUUCACAUGCAUCACACAUAAUGAAGUUUUGUUCAUGUUACAGACACACAGAUCCCUUUAUAUACCAUCAUCAUCAUCACCACAGCUAAAGGAUUUUCAUCAGCGCACAUGAGAAUGCAAUAAAAGGCAAUCAGAAGGGAACAAAUCUCAAAUGUGAAAUCGCUUUCUUUUCCGGCGACCUUGAUACCAAAAACCACAGGCAUGUCCGCUCUUCCGCUCACAUCACAUCCUUCAUGUUGUAAACUGUGUCAAAUCUGGGGCGCUGGGAUGCGUUUCUCACCAAUGUCCCGGCGCUUUACACCUGAAACCAAAAAUCCACUCCUGUUUCUCGAGACGAAAGGAAAAGCUCACGAUGGCACACAAAUGCAGAAAUCGUUUGGAUAUAUUUUUGAUGCCCUCCUGUUGUGAAUAGCCGAUUCUCAUUUCUGAAUUCAUAUACGGGCGACCAUUUAUUUUAUUUUCUCGCAAGCAUAAUGUGAAUGCGCGCUAGCUUCUAUAUGUAGAUGUGCACCUUUACUCUUCUUUUGCUCUUUUUAUAACAAUCGCAACCAUGUCUAUAAUGAGAAAGUCUUUGACAGAAGGCUUGCUCCUGAAAACAUCGGGGCCACAGUUACUGCAUUGAGAAUAAGACCAUGUUGAGGUUUUGGAGCCCUAGAUAGUGUGGGUCAUAGUGUUUCUUUGGUUCGCACCUCGCUCACGCCGCUCGUGUCACUGCCUGCUCAGCAGCACCGUAUUCAGAAAAGCCUCAUAUAAUGAUGCUUUUAGUUUUUGCAUAUACAGCAGUUUGUAAAACAUCAAAUGUUUACUUUGUUGCAUGUCUUUUGUUCUUUAAACUCCUGCGGUGUUUUCGAAUGUUUCUUCUUUUUUAUAUCCAGCGCAGAGACGUUCUCUUGUCGACUUUUAACUUUUAAGAUCUCUGCUUAUGUAUAAAAGGAAUAAAAUGGAACAGCAAACUAUUGUCUUUUUGAUUCCAACUUGUUUUUGUGAAGAAAAACUAACAAGGUGUAGGUUUUUUGGUCUCUUAAUUUGUACUGGUAAUGCAUAUUCCAAAUAAAUAGUUUCUUUUGUUGCAAUAUGA